AUGUUAUAAUAAAUAAUUACUGAUAUUCCACCUCUAACUAGAAUAAUGUGUUUUUUAUCUAUAAUCUUGACUUUAUUAACAUACAUAGAUUUAGUUAAUUCAUACAAUUUAUAUUUUAAUUUUAAAUUAAUAACUUAAAAUUAUUAACAUUUAAGCUUUUAUUAUUGUAAAUUUUUUUAUUAUAAAUUAAUUUAAAAUCAAAUAAAAAGUUAUCGAUUUUCAAGAAGAUUAGAAGAAUAUUCAUUUAGAGGAAAUACAAUUGAUUAUUUUUAUUUUGUAUCUUUCGCAUCAAUAUUUGGCCUUUAUAAUUUAUCAGAUUCAUUUUUAAAUAUGAUUUUAUAUUUAUGGAGUAGAAAAAACAGUAAUAUAAUGGUCCAUAUAUUUGGAAUUAUUCCUAUACAAGCCCCAUAUAUAACCUGGUUUUUUGUUUUUUUAUAAAUAAUAUUUUAAGAUACUAUCAUAACGGAUUUAAUUGGAAUUUUAGUAGGUCAUAUAUAUUAUUAUUUGACAGAAAUAUAUCCUAAAUUGCCUUUAAGUAAAGACGUGAAUAUUUUAUAAACACCCUAAUAUUUGUAUUUAAAACUAAAAAAAAAAAAAAAAAAAUUCUUAAAAAUAUAUUUAAUAAGUACAAGAAUAUGUAAUCUUUUACAUCUAAGAAUUAAUUAAAAUCAAGAAUUAAUUGAAGAAGAAAUACAAGGUGACGAAAAUAAUUAAGACGGAUUUUUUGCUUUUGGAUUUUGA